GAUAUGGCCGGAUCACCAAGCGACCCACCCGCAUCGGGGUCCCCUGUGCGCACGAAGGCUGCCUCACCUACCAGGUCCAAGACUGCCUCUCCGACCGGACCUGGAUCUCCCCAAAGUGGACACGAGGAUGAGACAGGUGAAAUUGAGGUCGACGACGAGGGCCUUGGAUCCGACACAGCAUCGACCAUUGAUAGUCGUUGGUCCUCGUAUACGGCAUCGUUAUCUUCAAGCGUCGUUGACUACCCUACGGAGCAUGGUCGUCGUUACCACGCUUUUCGCUCUGGAACGUAUUGGGGUCCGAACGAUGAGAGCGAGAGUGACCGUCUUGACUUCAACCACAUGCUCAUGGUAAAAACCAUCGGCGACAAACUUUACUUGGCCCCUUUUGAGAAGGGCAAAAUCAACCGAGUUCUCGAUAUUGGAACCGGUACCGGAGUCUGGGCUCUGCAGGUAGCCGAAGAGCUCCCGCACGCUGAGAUACUGGGAAACGAUUUGAGCGCCAUCCAACCGACUUGGGUCCUGCCUAACGUCAAGUUCGAGAUUGAUGAUGUUGAGAGUCCCUGGGUCCACACACGCAAAUUCGACUUCGUUUUCAGUAGAUACAUGACAUCCUCCAUUGCAGACUGGCCCAAACUGAUGAGAAGUGUCUACGAAAACGUGGCUCCGGGCGGCUGGGUUGAGUUCCAGGACUACGACUUGGAGUAUAGAAGCGAUGAUGGCUCACUUACUGAACAGCACUCGACCUGGAAGUGGCUGCAUAAGUUCUUCGAGGCCUGCAGAAUUGUAGGCCGCGAUCCUAACCCGGGACCUCAACUGGAGGGCUGGGUCAGGGAGGCCGGUGAUUACGUCAAUGUUGUCCACCAAAAGUACAAGAUCCCAAUCGGGGACUGGCCCAAGGACCCCCACUACAAGGAAUGCGGCAUGAUCAACGUGAUGCAAGUUCUUGAUGGACUAGAUGCCUUUACCUUCAGGCUCUUUACUGGUGUCCUCGGGUGGACGAAGGAGGAAGUGAUGGUUCUUCUCGCCGAAGUCCGUCGCGAACUGAAGUCGAAGACUUUCCAUGCCUAUUUUGAGUUCCACGUGGUAUAUGCGCAGAAGCCGGAGGCAGAGGAAUGAGGUGCGCAAAACGUUGAGAUACAGCAGUAUCAAGGUCCCAUUUCCUUGUUAUGACCAUAGGUUAGCAUUCAUAGGAGUUACCGUCUCAAGAUUCUAU